AUGGUUCCUAUGGAUGGCUUUGAACGUUUCGCCCAGGGGCAUUUAAUUACUCUGUUCUCAGCCACGAAUUACUGUGGUACCGCAAAUAAUGCAGGGGCAAUCUUAGUUUUGGGUAGAGAUCUUGUAGUAGUUCCGAAACUCAUUCAUCCAUUGCCACCAGCAAUUUCUUCACCAGAAACGUCACCUGAACGCCAUAUAGAAGAUACAUGGAUGCAGGAGCUUAAUGCAAAUAGGCCACCGACACCAACUCGAGGCCGUCCUCAACUUGCUAACGACCGGGGUUCUCUUGCUUGGAUAUAGUCUUUAGAUCGUUCUGCAUUCUCUUUGUAACUCAUUUCAGGCUCAUGCUGUCACCUGGGAUUUCUGGUGUUCUGUAUAGAGCAUGAGGCCACAUGGAGGUUUUUUCCAAGGCUUUUGGAGAGUUUGGUGUCCAACACAUAACAUGAAGACACCUGUUAGUAAACCAAGUUGAUGGCGGCAGUUGCUAGCCAUUUGAGUUGCUCUCCAAAAGUUGCCCUUUGUCGAUUGAUAUCCACAGGCAGGUAGAAGUUGCCCUUUGUACAUUGGUUGUUUCUCUUGUUGGAUGAGUAGUGCUGGGUAAUUUUCUGAUUAGUUUUUAUUUAUUCCUCGUUUUUAGGAUGUAUUAUUUUUGGUUUUUGUUUUUCGUUGAGAGGACGCUGGAGGUCCCUCCCUAUACGGUGAUUUGGGGUGAGAUAUGUAAUGUUUAAAAUAUUUUCUUGGGGCAUUAUUCAUAUGUAUCAUAGAGGCAUUGCUUUGUGUAAUUGGUGCUUUUGUGCUUUGUACAAUGUAACUUAAUUUGUGUGAAUGUAUGAAACUUUCUGGUCUGAGGCACAAAGUGUGCUAGUUUGUUUU